CUUGUCGUGCCUGCUGUGAUGGGCAUCGCGUGCAGCGAGAUCAGCUGUGAGCCUGGCAUGACACGGAUGGAGGCUGAGAACAACGGGAAGCCCCUGCUGGUCCGUGAGGAGUCAUCUCUUAAUAUCCCAGCUAUUGCUGCUGCCCACGUUAUUAAGAGAUACGUUGCCCAGGCACCGGGUGAACUCUCCUUGGAGGUGGGAGACCUCGUGUGCGUCAUCGAGAUGCCGCCUCAGGAGCUGAGCCCCCGCUGGAGAGGCAAGCACGGCUUUCAGGUUGGAUUUUUCCCUGGUGAGUGUGUGGAGCUCAUUAACGGAAAAAUCCCGGAGUCUCUCAUCAAUUCAGUGCCAAAGCCAGUGCCAAAGAAGCGCGGCAAGCUCCUCACCUUCCUUCGUUCCGUGGUGAAGGCCCGCCCAAAGCAACGGAAAGAGCGGGAGGUGGAGAAGGAGAGGGUGUUCGGCCGUGACCUGGGAGAGCAUCUUCUUCACUCUGGUCGUGAUGUCCCCCAGGUCCUCCAGAGCUGCGCCGAGUUCAUCGAGCAGCAUGGCGUGGUGCAGGGGAUAUACCGCCUGUCCGGCGUGGCGUCCAACGUCCAGAGACUGCGCCAGGAAUUUGAGUGUGAGCAGGUUCCUGAGCUAACCGUCCGCGACGUUCACAGCGCGAGCUCCCUCUGCAAAAUGUACUUCAGGGAGCUCCCGACCCCCCUGCUGACCGACCAGCUGUACGACAAGUUCUCGGAUGCUGUUGGUGCCACUACAGAGGAGGAGCGGCUGGUCAGAAUGCGGGACGUCAUCCAGCAGCUGCCCGCUCCUCACUACAGGACCCUGGUGUUCCUGAUGAGACACUUGGCCUGUCUUGCUGCAAACAGCUCUGUCACCAACAUGCACGCUAAGAACUUAGCCAUUGUGUGGGCUCCAAACCUCCUAAGAUCACAGCAGAGCGAGUCUGCCUGCGCCAGCGGGAGAGCUGCCUGCACGGAACUGCAGACGCAGUCGGCCGUGGUGGAAUUCAUCAUCGACCACACAGACGUCCUCUUCUGCUCCACAUCUGGACCUGACAUCGCAGAUGGAGCAGGGCACAGUUCUCUCUCAGGGCCCCAGUCUGUGCAGGCGUCUUCUCCUGCCACAGAGCUGCUCAGCCUGGAGGAGGCGCAGGCACGGAGGCGAGGCCACAGCAGCUCUCCUGUUGCUGUGAUAGUGAGCAGGGACAUAGAGGUGGAAGAAGGCCCCAAAGCUGUACGGGGCAAAUUCCACACCAUCAUCGACUUUCCAUCUGAAAGCCUGGGGAAACCAUCCUCUGUGGCCAAAGACCAACGGCAGCACCAUCCCAGGGAGCCCUCAGAGACAGACGUUGUAGUGCUGGCAGGUGAUUCGAGCUCUUGUCAACCCAGAUGUGCCAGAACAAGUAGCAAUGCUGGGCUGUGUGCUUCCACCAAUGGAGAGCUCUUGGGAAGCACAAAUGGCUGCGGUUCAGCUGACAGCCUGCCGCAUAACAACAGUGAUGGACACGAGGAGCUCAUCCAAGUUGAAGCCCUCAUUUCUCCCGGCUGUGCUGAAGAUGCUGACCUGAGCCUGCCAGACACCACAGGCAUCAGCCUGGACUGUGACCCGGUGCCUCUGCAGUGCAGCCCAGCCCAAGCAGAGCCCGAGUGCUCCGACAGCAGCACCGCCUUUGAGGAGAAGGUCAGCAUCAGCGAGGAGCAGCAGAGCCUUUUGGAGGGGGGCUUAGAAUCAGGCCUCCAGUCCCAGGCACCGGACGUCAACACUGACAGCGCUGAGCCACUCUGUCCAUGA